AUGGCCGCAUCCACCCUGUCCGUCUGCUCCAGCGACCGGAGCUACGGCAGCCGCGUCUGCCUGCCCGGCUCCUGUGACACCUGCCCCGACUCCUCCUGGCAGGUGGACGACUGCCCAGAGAGCUGCUGCGAGCCCCCCUGCUGUGCCUCCGCCUGCUGUGCCCCCUCCUGCUGUGCCCCCUCCUGCUGUGACAACAGCUGCUGUGCCCCUUCUUGCCUGACCCUCAUCUGCACCCCUGCAAGCUGUGGAUCCAGCCCCUGCCAACCAGCCUGCACCAGCUCCUGCCAGCCCUCCUGCUGCAGCUCCUCCCCCUGCCAGGAAGACUGCUGUGUGUCUGUCUGCUGCAAGCCCGUCUGCUGCACCCCUGUCUGCUGCAAGCCCGUCUGUUGCACCCCUGUCUGUUGCACCCCUGUCUGCUGCACCCCUGUCUGCUGUAAGCCCGUCUGCUGCACCCCUGUCUGCUGCAAGCCCGUCUGCUGCACCCCUGUCUGCUGCAAGCCCGUCUGCUGCACCCCGGUCUGCUCCGGGCCCUCCUCCUGCUGCCAGCCCAGCCCCUGCUCCUCGUCCUGCUGCGGACCGUCCUCCUGCGUGUCCCUGCUCUGCCGCCCCGUGUGCAAGCCCGCCUGCUGCGUGCCCGCCUCCUCCUGCUGUGCCCUUUCCUCCUCCUGCCAGCCCAGCUGCUGCCGCCGAGCCUCCUGUGUCUGCUGCCAGCCCUCCUGCUGCAGCUCCUCCCCCUGCCAGGAAGACUGCUGUGUGUCUGUCUGCUGCAAGCCCGUCUGCUGCACCCCUGUCUGCUGCCAGACCUCCCCCUGCUCAGGCUCUUCAUGCUGCCAGCAAUCUAGCUGCCAGCCCUCCUGCUGCAGCUCCUCUCCCUGUCAGCCUGUCUGUUGCACCCCUGUCUGCUGCACCCCUGUCUGCUGCAAACCUGUCUGCUGCACCCCUGUCUGCUGCAAGCCCGUCUGCUGCACCCCUGUCUGCUGCAAGCCCGUCUGCUGCACCCCGGUCUGCUGUAAGCCCGUCUGCUGCACCCCUGUCUGCUCCGGGCCCUCCUCCUGCUGCCAGCCCAGCCCCUGCUCCUCAUCCUGCUGUGGACCGUCAUCCUGCGUGUCCCUGCUCUGCCGCCCCGUGUGCAGGCCCGCCUGCUGCGCGCCCGCCUCCUCCUGCUGUGCCCCUUCCUCCUCCUGCCAGCCCAGCUGCUGCCGCCGAGCCUCCUGCGUGUCCCUGCUCUGCCGCCCCGUGUGCUCCCGCCAGGCCUGCUGUGUGCCCGCCUCGGCCCAGAAGUCCUGCUGCUGA